AUGUCUCCCACCGAAGGAAAACACAUCCUGGGCGCAAACCGGGGGCCAUUGCUGACCCAUGGCGACGACAGCUCUCAGGGGCUUGAGAAGGUCGAGUCAGCUGGAGGACUCUCAUUACACAGGACGCCGACGCGAACGGAGAAGAUACGCCGACACUGGAAACGAUUUUGGUUGAUUUAUUGUAUCGGCAAUGUUAUUUUUCUCGCGAUUCUCCUUCCUGUCUUCUUCCUUGUUGCGAUUCCUGCGAUCGCGCAAUUGGUCGUCAGCAAAUCCGAUAUUGUCCUCGUCAAUGCGGUCGUGAAUGACCCACAGCCAAACUCGACCAUGUUGACCUUGGAAACAAAGGUGGAUUUGAAAAUUGCGCUCGCUGCUCGCAUCGAACCUCUUACUUUAAGCCUCUUUCAACGAGAUUACGGCGUUGACGAGGCGUAUGCCGACAUCGAUAUCGCCGGGCAGACUAUCAAGGGCAACCACAGUCUGGGUAUCGACAAUGUUCACACUCCGAUCUUGAACCAAAAGUCCUGGAAGGAAUUCGUUCGACAAGUCGUCUUCCAAGAGUCUGUCUCCCUCGCUCUCGAUGGCUGGACACACGCCUACUUGGGAGUUCUCAAGUCGCACGUUCACCUCGAUAAGAAUGUUGUUACACCAGGCUUGAAUCAAUUUGAUGGAUUUGCAAUCUCCGACGCGACCCUCCUACUCCCGGCCGAAGACGACGGCACAAACCUCAUCGGCAACGUAACCCUUCCAAACCCGACCGUUAUCAGCCUAGAGGUCGGCACACUUGUAUUAGACGUCAAGACCGCCAAUGUUACGAUCGGAAACGUGACAAUCGAUGACGUUGUCCUCAAGCCGGGCGACAAUGUAUUCCCAAUGAAGGGCGUCCUCGAUAUCCGAACAAUCUUCAAAAAUCUCGGCGACGUUCUCAAAGCGCAAGCUAGCGCCCUGAAGAACGGAUCCUUGGCCAUCGACUCAAUUACCAGAUCUGUCGAAUGGAAAGGAACCCCUGUCGAUUAUUAUGCUGAAGUCCUGAAGACCCUUACCUUGUCGACGGAGAUCCCCCUUGGCGACACGAUAAAGAAUACGCUCAAGAAUCUGCUUCAUGGGAAGAAUCUGACAAGUGCGCUUUCGGGUCUUCUGGGUGAUAGCAAUAGUUCUCUUUCAUCCAGAUCCUUGAGCGACCAUGAGCGUCGUGGCCCUAUUGACCUGGCGCCCUUCCUGAAGGAUAAUCGCCAUGUGCAAGAUUUCUUUAGUGACUCAGAUAUUGAUACGGAUCAGCGGGAUAUUUUUAUCAAUGCGGUAGCUGCAGCCUACCCGAAUAUUUAA